AGUAUGUCAUAUUCCCGGGGACUACCUUUCAAAGCCACAGCACCAGCGCCAGCCGCCACCACCAACACCAUCCACACCACCGGCACCAGCAUCACUGCGAGGAAAUCAAACUUUUGGGGAUCGCAGCGUUUAGGGAAUGAAGCACACGCUGAGCUCCUGAGAGACGAGACCAGGGUCGUCGAUAAGGCCGGACAGUGUGAAGCUGGCAUCUUUGCAAACUCAGCGUCCGCCAAACAACAAUCAAAGAUGGAUUCUGAAGGCGAGGAGCAGAUCGUAAAAACAUGCGGCACAGAUCUGACCAAUGAAGAUUUCAUCGUUGAGACGAACAGCCCGUACGGGUCAUCGGUUCGUAAGCGGAGCGCCCAGGACGGGGUUCAGGGCGCGCCCGUCAACAAGAGGAAGUCCCUGCUGAUGAAGCCGCGCCACUACAGCCCCAGGGAGGCCUGCGCCGACGAGAGCGAGGACAGGGCGCCGCAGCGGGACAAAGAAGCGGCGAGGAGCGCCGACACUCCAGCAGAUGGAAACUCGAGUCCAAUUAAUGGCGUGCCUGACAGAAAUGGCCGCUCCAACGAUUCGCUGUGCUGGUCGGAGGUGACGCCCGAGGGCUCGCCGCAGUACAAGGGCACCACGGCAGAAAUGUAUGACGACGAAGACGCACAGGAUGACCAAAGUCAGGACCGGCUAAGCGGGUCGUCGUCCCCGCGUAGCCCGAGGGAACUCGGCUGGGCCUUCUCUGCCAAAGCAAACGGCUUGAGUCCCUCCAGAAGCUGUGACGACCCUUCACCCCUGAAGGAAGAUGCUCACCUGGAUCUGAGUAGAGGCCUUUUCCAGAGAUACAGGGCGGAGGAGGUAGAGGAGGAGGGGGACAGUGACUCGGAGGUAGAGAGGCCUCCCAGGUUGGAGGGCUGGGCGCUGGACCACCUCCACCAGCGAGGCCUGGAAGUGAGCCGCAGCAGAGUCAAUUUCAGUCUGUUGGAGCAGGCCAUCGCCCUGCAGACGGAGCAGAGGCAAGUCCUGCAUCACGCAUACCGCGAGAUGGAUCGCUUCCUCAUGGAGCAGAUGACCAGUGAGCGGCGACAUCAUCGCAUGAUGGAAAUGGACAACAGGCUCAGCUACCAUUCAGGCAAAGACUCUCCGCGGACGGACAAGAGGGACAUCAAGUGUCCCACGCCGGGCUGCAAUGGCACGGGUCACGUGACCGGACUGUACCCUCAUCACAGGAGUUUGUCCGGGUGUCCUCAUAAAGUGCGAGUUCCUCCAGAGAUCUUGGCCAUGCACGAGAACGUCCUCAAGUGUCCCACUCCUGGUUGCACGGGGAGAGGCCAUGUCAACAGCAACCGUAGCACCCACCGGAGUCUGUCGGGCUGCCCCAUCGCCGCUGCGGUGAAAAUCUCCAAACCUCAGGACGAAAGCCUGAAAAGCAGACAAACGCCCGAUCGCUCGCCGAGGUACGCGCCGGUGGUGGGCCUGGUCAAGAAAUUUGACCUGAGCCAGCUCAACUACCGCCUGGCUCACCCGAUGGCCGCCCUGCAGAGCAGCCUGGCCAAGGACAUGGACAAGUACAGUCGGAUCCGCUUCGACUACGCCAGCUUCGACGCACAGGUCUUCGGAAAGCAGCCGCUCAACGGCGCCGGCAACGAUGUCGAAGUCUCGCACCAUCCCGACUCACCCCAGCAGUAUCAUCCUGGCUUCCUGGCGGCUCCAGGUGCCCGCUUGCCUACCUCCGAUCAGCACAGCCCACCGGCGAGUCACUUGAAGCAAGAAGACGGCGGCCCCCAAAGCGCCGCCACGGCCGCCAUCCUCAACCUCUCCACUCGCUACCGACACGGCGGCGAGACGGCGGCCGCUCGGCCCCUGGCAACCUCUACAAAGGGCAUGCACAUAGAGGUCGAUGAAAACGGAACCUUAGACCUGAGCAUGAAGAAAAGUAAGGAGAGCGUCCAUCCCAAAGCGCCUUCGGACGAGCAAGCGCACGCGGAGGCGCUGGGGGCAGGGGCCAAAGGCUGCGGCGGCGUGCUGAUAAGCCCCGCCUUCUACCAUCAGCUGUGCGAUAGGGACGCCUGGGACGGCCCCGUCCCUCUCAACUUUAGCCAAGCGCACGUUUUACAUGACAACGAGCAGGAAGAAUUGGAUCAAGUCAGCAUGGAGGAGCAACACUACCAAGGCGAGGCGGGCAUGCUGAAGGCCAAGAUGCUCCUACGAGAGUCUAAGAAAGAGCUUCUGAGCUGUCCGACCCCGGGCUGUGACGGCAGCGGCCACGUGACGGGGAAUUAUGCAUCGCAUCGGAGCGUUUCUGGAUGUCCCCUGGCUGACAAGACACUCAAGUCGCUGAUGGCAGCCAACUCUCAGGAACUCAAGUGCCCAACACCUGGUUGUGAUGGAUCCGGACACGUGACGGGGAACUAUGCGUCGCACAGAAGCCUGUCAGGAUGUCCACGUGCCAGAAAAGGAGGUUUAAAGCUCACCCCCAGCAAGGAGGACAAAGAUGAGCAAGAGCUUAAGUGUCCGGUGGUUGGCUGCGAGGGACAGGGCCACGUAUCGGGCAAAUACACGUCUCACCGCAGCGCCAGCAGUUGUCCGCUGGCCGCCAGGAGACAGAAGGAGGCGUCCCUCAACGGGCUCCCCUUCGCCUGGAAGAGCAACAAGCAGGAGUUGCCUCACUGCCCUCUGCCCGGCUGCAACGGCCUCGGCCACGCCAACAACGUCUUUGCCACGCACAGAAGUUUGUCAGGAUGCCCGCUGAAUGCUCAGAGUAUCAAGAAGAAGCACUCUGAAGAAGAGAUGAUGACCAUCAAACUGAAGGCCAGCAGUGGCAUUGAAAACAAAGAUGACGCUCAACAUUUGGAGCACGACAUUGAGGAACUGAAUGAAUCCAACAUGCAAAUGGAGGCAGACAUGAAGCAGCUGCAAACGCAGCAGAUCUCGUCGAUGGAGUGCAACCUGAAGAGCAUCGAGGAGGAAAACAAGAUGAUGGAGCAGCACAACGACGGCCUCCUCAAGGAGUUGGCUCGCCUCAGCCAAGCGCUCAUCAGCAGCCUCACCGACAUCCAACUGCCUCAAAUGGGGCCCAUCAGCGAGCACAACUUUGAAGCCUACGUGAACACGCUGACGGACAUGUACAACAAGUCGCAGCGCGAGUAUUCGCCCGAGUGCAAGGCCCUGCUGGAGAACAUCAAGAAGGCCAUCAAAGGUAUCCACGUUUGAGCUUUUCCAUCCGGCCGGGCCGCCACGUGCGACACAUCAAGGUCAAAGGCCGCUUUGAGAGACGGCCACGUUUGUACUGCUUUUCACUUUUCGUUCUUUGAUCCUGCUGAGAUUUCCACUCCUCUUGCACUUGCUUUUCUUUUUGAUGACAGCUGUUUAUUAUUAUUAUUAUCCACGAUUAUCGAUAUCCUAUUUGUCCAUUUAUUUCAUCAUUUAAUUCAUGUGCAUUUAGUUCUAGAGUUGUAAAUGAUUGAGAAAUCCCCCACCCUCCAAAAAACCAACAACAACAUUCCAAUUUGGUGGCGCACGUGUUUUAGUUAUCUCUCCGUUGAAAAGAAAUUAAAAUACUAGUAACACCAAAAGUGAAGCUAUUUUUAUGAAGUUUUCGUUUUCUUUAUUGGAAUGUGAAUGUAUGCUAGAUGAUGUGAUAACACUGCAAUGCCACUCACUGUACUGUACCUUUUUAUUUAUUUAUUUAAUUAUUUAUUGGAAUUUAAGCAGCAAAAACAUAUAACAAAAAUGUACUUUUUCCUCCAUCGCUAUCAAAUAUGAUUAUUAUAAAACUGCCUUUUGUGCACGCACACACACACACGAGGUGUGCAUGUCGGACGUGCCUAAAUGUAUAUGGAUCCGUUUCAAGCAGUUUAAGAAUUAACGGUACUUUGUUUCUGUUUGUGCUAGGGCAGUAUUACGUGGAUGGUGUCUCAUUUAGUCACACGGUACAAUUAUUUUCGUAACAGGAGGACAGACGUUCCCCGUGACUGUUUCUAUAUCUCAGUAGCCGACUGCGAGAUGGAGACAAACAAUUGUUUACGUUUUGAUCUUUUUUUUUUUUGCAAGCAUUGUGAGGUUAAAGCAAACACUCUUGUUUAUCUUUACAAGUGCUUAAAAAAAGCCUUAACACUCCUUUACUUAACACACUUGGUAUAUUCUUGUAUCGCGUGGGGCAGAUUUGAAUGGUAGCUACUAAAAAAAGGCAAGUUACAUUUUUUGUUUCAUUAAAUUUCAUCAAAAAAGGAAAUUAAAAAAAAAUCUUAUUGUGUUGAUAAAUCGGUUGUUUGCACUUUUGUAUUUCAAAAUACUUUGAAGCAGGGGUGUGGGCUCUGCUGUUUUAAAAUUAAAUGCAAGCCCACAAAUCUUUAUAAUCUUAUUUAUUACAAUAUCUAUUCAUUUUGCAUUAUUUUACACACAUUUAUUUUGGCCCUAAGAAGGUUUUCCAGCCCUGCUUUAAAUCUUGAUUUUUUUUUUUGCUCUGAAUUCUGAUUCCCCCACAAACAGCAAUGCACAACGUUUAAUUUCUGUCAACAUGUAGCUUAUCUAUUGCCAUGAUAAAAAUGAAAAUAAAAAAAAGUGACAGCAGCAGUAGACAGAAGCCAAAUUAUCCCAGCGCCGCUCCUAUUUUAUCCAAAUAAUGUUUUUUAACAUGAUCCUAAAAAUGUUCAAUCCUCAAAUGUAAUCCUUUAUUUAUAUUUUCUUAUAUUUAAUUCCUACCACACGCAUUGUUUGCUCAGGAAGCUCUGUGAAUAAUAUUUAUUUAUCCCCCUACAAUCUUCCUGUUAGUAUUUGAUGUUUUGUAAUGUGAAACGCUUCUUUUUCGUGGAACGAUUAUUAUUAGUAUGAUAUGAGAUUGUAUUGUUUUGUUUUUUUUCUUAUCGGAUGAUGGCAUAAUACUUUUCAUUUUCUGUUGAAGUAGUUUGUACAUUCAAACUUACUUUUACGAUUUCAUAAUUUACACAAAACAAAAAAGAUAUGCGCUGUGUUGUACAG